AAAUUAGAAUUAUAGUGGUGUCCUCUAUCGCAGCUUCUUUAUAACUAAGGAUAAAUCUCUUGCGGGUAACAGCGAACUCGUUCGAUUACACAUAUGAAUUAAUUACAUAAUUUGUUUGAGAUAAAAAGUAUAAUUGAUCAAAAUAAAAAUAACUGUAAAAAAAACGGGAAGUAAAUAAAGAAAACAAAGCAUGUUUAUCGGAAGUGCGGUUAGAAUCGCGUUCUUCCAACCGCGCAUGUCGCCACCUAUUGUUGAUCUGACAGGCUCUUGUGUAGUUACGGUGAAAGCGAUUGGAUCUUCUGUACGUUUCGUGAGAAAUUAAAAAGCGAUCAAUUUGUUUUUACAUUACAUGAAUUCCAUUGAAACUCAGUCAAGAAGAAUGUAUCAAGCUACAGAUUGUUCUAAAUAGGAAAAACGAAAAUUUCAUCAAAGAUUUUGUCUACUUUUCGAGUAGAUGCGUUCGAGGCCAGACAUGGCGGCGAUCCGAUGAACCAAUUGCAGCAGCGCUCUCUUAGAGGAUCAGAUAUUGUAAAUUCCCCUUACAUUCGCAUCAGUGAAUGAUUCUGUACUUAUUUUGGUCGUUACUGGUAGUAAUACAAGUUCUUAACAUUACGAAAAGGUGAUUGUCGUUCGCCGACAGAAAAGUAGAAGACACGCAAGAUCGUACGAAAGGUUGAUCAUGAAAGAAUUGUGUUUGGUCACGUGACCAUAGCCGAAAAAUGGCGCAAAGAUCAGAGUACAAACAUGGGUUCCAUUUCAUUGCUACGGUGUCAUUUGUAUUUGUUUACAAGCGCGCGUUUUCACAAACCACGUGUUAAGUAAGUGCCAUUUCGUUGACAGUGCGUGACGGACAAUGACGGGGAGAGGAUCGAAGAGACGGGGUCGACCCCCGAAAUCGGUGGUCAUGGAAAGACCAAAAAAGUUUCAAUAUCAUCUUAUGAAGAAACCAAAAUAUUUGCAAAACAAGGGUUCAGAAACGCCAAAUUCACAACCAAGUACACCGACACCUUCGAGACCAUCAUCGCCAGUCGAAAGCGAAGAAAGCAGACGAAGUACACGAAUUCGAAAAUCUCGAGGACCCAGAGACAGACAUUCGCGCAAAGGUGGUCACUCGAGUUCAGGUGCAUAUCAACGCCGAGGUUACAAUCCUAAUGUUGAUUAUCAUGAUUCUGAAUACCAUUAUGGGUCGGAUUUUGGAGAUGAAUCUAGUGAAAAAAGUGAAGUUGAAGAGGAUCUCUUGCAAAGCGAUGUAGAUUCAUCUGAAAGUAUAGAAGAACCUGAUCCUUCCAGUGACAGUGAUUUUUCCCUCUCCAGUUAUAGUACUACUAGUGGCACACCCCGUAAAACACUUCUUAGUCAACAAAGACCACCAAGUCCAGAACCAUUAUGGCUUCAAAAUAGAGAAUUGCCAUCAUUAAAUUUACCUAAAUCAUCUGAUGACCUAUUAGUUCCCAGAGAACUUGUUAUGCCAUGUUUAUCCAUUUAUGAAGUAUUGAGACACUUUCGCACUUUAGUACGUCUUUCAGCCUUCAGAUUUGAAGAUUUCUGUGCUGCACUUAUGUGUGAAGAUCAAACCAAUUUGUUGGCUGAAAUACACAUUAUGCUUAUUAAAGCACUUCUUAGAGAAGAAGAUUCUCAGCAAACACAUUUUGGUCCUUUAGACCAAAAAGACUCUGUGAAUGUUAGCUUAUAUUUUGUGGAUUCUAUGACUUGGUCAGAAGCUUUACGUUCUUAUGUAGAAAGUGACAAGUCAUUUGAUCAAAAUAUUUUACAUAUUUUAUCAACAUGUGAAUAUCCUUUUACUUCUGUAGAAGAUAGAAUCAAGGUGCUACAAUUUUUAACAGAUCAAUUUUUAAUUACAAAUCCAGUAAGAGAAGACCUAUUGCACGAAGGAAAUAUGCAUUAUGAUGAUCACUGUAGAGUAUGUCAUCGAUUGGGAGAUUUAUUAUGUUGUGAAACAUGUCCAGCAGUUUUUCAUUUAGAAUGUGUUGAACCUCCAUUAGUUGAUGUUCCUACUGAAGACUGGCAGUGUAGUACAUGCAAAGCUCACAAAGUUACAGGAGUUGCUGAUUGUAUACCUGAUGUUGAGAAAAAUGGUUCUCUUUGUCGUCAAGAACAUUUAGGAUUUGAUAGACAUGGCAGAAAAUAUUGGUUUCUUGCAAGAAGAAUUUUUGUUGAAAGUGAAGAUGGUGAAGUUUGGUAUUAUAGUACAGCUUUACAAUUAGAGGAAUUAAUGCUUUGUUUAGAUCGCAAUGAAAUGGAAGUUGCACUUUACCGAGAAUUAUCAGACUACAAAGAUGAAAUUGUAAGACAAAUGGAACUUACAGAACAAAUUACUAAUCAAUAUAAGGGUAAUAAAAAAUCAUAUCUAGAAAUCGAAAACAGUCUUAUACAAAAAUUACAAAAAGAACGUCAAGAAAAACAAGAAAAAGAAGAAGAAGAAAAAAAAGAGAAACAAAGACAAGAAGCUGAAGAAAUGGUACGGAGAAUACAUGAAGGUACAGAUUCUCUUGAAGAACAAUUAUCAGCAGUCACUGAACAACAGGAAAUAAAGACAUCUGAAGAUUCAAAUACGAAAGAAAAUACUCAAAAAAUAAUUCCAGAAAAUGUAGAAAUAGAUAGUAUAGAUACUAAUUUAACAGAUGGGGUAAAUAAAGAAGUCAAAGCUAAUACAUCAUCAUCGUCAUCUGAAGAAAUAGAUGAAGAGAUACUUGAAGGGGAUGAAAGUAUCUCAAAAAUUGGUAAAGAUGGGAAAAAACACACUAUUGUAACUAGAUCAAAAACAGGAUCUUUACAACCUAGGACAUUUAAUAUGGAUGAUCUAAAAAAACGUAGUACUGGACAACUCUCAAAAGAAGAGUUAGAAAAAUUAGAUAAAAGUUUAAAAGAAGAAGGAGAUAGUACUAGAUUAACAAGACAAAAAGCUCAUCAAAUAGCUUCUGGUACGCAUUUAUUUAAAUUGGGAAUGGAUAACAACUUUAAAUCAUAUGUGAAUCAGUACAGUACUAAUCCUAUUGCUUUGAAUAAGGCCCAACGAAACGAAGAACGUGACAAAAAGAGACAUUUAUCACACAAAUUUUCACUUACACAGGCUUCUGAAUUUAAAUGGGUAGGAAGUUUGACAGGAACUCGUGCUCUUUUAGUAAGCACACUUCGUCAGACAAUUCUUCAACUCGAAAGCAGCAUUCAAUCUUCAUUUAUGCAUACUAAUUGGCCUCUUUUACGUAAACCUUGGACUACAGCAGUAGGUGCUUGUGUUAAUCCAAGAGAUUUUGCUCGUGCACUUAUUGUAUUACAAGCAUGUAUUAAAUCAGUAGUAUUUGCUAGUGUAUGGCACGAUCAACUUGGUCAUGUAAAAUUACAAAGGGUAACGGCUCUUGAACGAGAAGAAAAGAAACGUCAAGAUAAAAAAGAUAAAAAGGAAAGAGAAGAUGAAGAAGAACGUAAUCGUUUAUUUAAUUUUGUUAAAUAUACAUUAGGCUUAAAACAUCAAGUUUGGAAACAAAAAGGAGAAGAAUAUCGAGUACAUGGACAAGGUGGUUGGCUUUGGGUAUCUGCCAGUCGUCGCUAUAGAUAUUCUGAUAUGUCAAAAUUAGGUCUUCGAAUAGGCCCACAGAAAAUUAUGGUACAAAUUAAAGAUCAAGAAGGAUUAAAAAUUUUAGCUUUAGAUCCUCCCACAUAUGAUUUUUUGAUAAAGGAAUAUUGUUCUAAAAAAGAAGAAAAUAAUAUGAACAUAAAAAUAAAAGAAGAAAUUAAAGAAGAAGAAAUAUCAAAGGAUACAUUAACUGAUACAUGUAUAAAACAAGAAUAUAAAGAAGAAGACAUAAAAAAAGAAUCAGUUGAAGAUAAACAAAAUAAAGUAGAAGUAGAUACAAAAACGGAAGAAACAAUAACAAAAACAGAAUCACAAUUAAUUAAGCAAGAAACAAAAAUGAAUUUAUCAUUUUUAGCUGGUAUGAAAAUCAAGAAAGUUUAUACACCUAUAAAAGAAUUUGAAGAAAUUGAUAUUACUAAGGCAUUAACAACUAAUGGAAGACUUCAUUAUCCAAAAAUUGCUAAAAAAACUAGAAUUGAUGAUUUCCUAGCACGUAGAACACAUUUAAAACUUUUAGAAGAAAGAAGAUUACUACAGACUGAAAAAUCGAAAGAAUUGUUAAAUCAAUCAGCGAAUCAAAAAGAUGGAGAUUCUGAAGUUGAUAUAGAAAAUAAUGAAGAAAGUGAUACAGAUGGAGGUGAUAAUUCUUUACAAAAUAUUCUUACUGGAAAGCAGCCUAAAACUAUAUCUACAUCAGCUAGAGAAAUGUUAAAUGUAAUAGGAAAGCGAAUUCAACAUGUUAAAGCUCAAUAUGCAAGCAUAAUGAGACUUAAUAAAAAUGGCAGUUGUUAUUCACGAUAUUGUAAUAUGACAACACUUCCGGGAAAGAUUACAACUGCAACACAAAGUUUAACAUCUACUUGUUAUUCUCCUAUAUGUCUUCAAAAAGCAAGAUUAAAACUUGAUCUUAUUGCAUUGUUAAGAAAAGCUAAUGCUUUGAAUAAUAAUCAAUCAUUGAAUUUAUCAGUUGGAACAAAUACAAUGCAAUUAUCACAAGCAAAUUCAAAAAUAGAAGGAAAUGAUGCUAAAGAUGCAAUCAGAAAAGAUUUAGAAUCUGCAGUAGCAUCCGCAACUCAUUGUACUGAAGAAACACCAGCUACAAAUGUAGUAAAAGAUGUUUCACCUCCUACCAAAAAAAUAAAAGUUGAACCUAAUACGACUUCUACUAAUGAUACCAGUUCAGGAUACAUUGAUGUAGUAACUACUACAAAUAACAUAGUUACUACAACAACUGUAACGACAACACAACAAACUAUAAAAACAAUCGAUGGUAUUGUACAAAGUAUGCACGAAAGUACAAGUUCUAAAAAUUCAGUUACAUUUUCAUCUGAAGUUAAAACAAGUGUAGGGCAAAAGACAAUGAUUGUUAAUCGAAGAGGAAGAACAGUGCAAAGAAGUACAAUGGCUAAAGAAUUAAAUGCUGAUGGCACAGAAAGAAUAUAUUCUACUACAUCAACUGAAGGAAAAGUUUAUUUGAAAAAAGUUGCAAUUUCUUUGGCUGAUAGAAAAAAGAAACGUACUCCAGUUAAAUAUCCCUUAUGUUCUACAUUUUGUACCAAAAAUAAACAUCGUAGUAUAUUGGUACUUCCACAACAUGAAUUGCGUAAAUUAGCUAGAGUUGGUGGUCGAAUACAAGUUCAAGGUUUUCAUCAAAUGGCUAAGGCAAAUAUGUCAGUAUGGCCAUAUCCUUGUCCUAGACCAUUAUUUAAAACUUGUUGGUUAUACAGAACAGUUGGCAUAAAAUCAUUAGCCGCAGCAGCUCUUCAAUUAAGAAUAUUAUGGGCAUGUCUUCGUUGGGAUGAUAUGGCUGCAAAACCAUUAUCUACAGAUGGCAAACAUCAAAUUACAACUGAUACAGAAAUUAUGUCACUAGAAAUUCUUAAACAUCGUCAUGUUGGUCAAUUUUUAGAUAAAACACAAUACUUACGAAGAAAAGUUGUUAUACCUUUAGAACUUCCAAAACAAGUUAGAGAAGUUACAUCUAUAAGAAGUGGUUUAAGAAAAAGAAAACGGCCAGAAUCACCACAAAGUACUGAACCACAAGUUACAGAAGAAUGGGUUGAUGAAGAUAAAUUAGAAUUAUGGGAAAUUAAACAAUAUGGUGAUAGGUUAGAGAAGGCUAAUGCCCAGAUUAUUACUAGGAGUCGAUCGGGACAGCCACAAUCAACAGUUGGUUCUAACCGAAAUGCAGGAUCAAAUUCUGGUAUAAAUGACCAACUCGUUAGUGGUAAAGCAACACCUGAAGAAAUUAAAGAAAAGAUGGAACAACAAUUACGUAUGCAAAGAGCUGCUCAUCAACAAAAAAGAGCAUUAGAAACUUUAAAAAGUCCAGCUAGUUCUGGUUCACCUACACAAGUUGUAAAAGUUACAGCUAAUUCUGCUCAUGAUGGAACAGUUAAAUUAGUUUCCAAAGUUGCGAUACCAGCCAAUCCAAAUAGUGGGACAAAAUCACAGUUAACUUCUCUUUUGACGACACCUACACAAAAUAAACCUUUUAUUAGUACAAAACGUAUUUAUAUGGCAAAAUCAUCUCUUGGAACAACAAAAGUUGUUUCUGGACCUACAAGUAUUUUACCAAAAACACAACUGCAAACUGGAGGUCAACAGUCUUUAAUUAAAGUUUCUGGUCAAGCAGGACCUAUACAACAAAUUCAACAAAGAGUACAGAUUAUAAGAGGACCAGAUGGAAAACUUCAAGUUCGAGGUUUGAUGCCUGGUCAGCAAUUAGUUCAAAUGCCUGAUGGAAAACUUCAUGUGUUAAAUAAUAGUCAAGCAAUUACUACUCUUGCACAAACUGGAACAACUACGCAAACAAAAACAGCUACAACAACAACUGCAACUAAAGUGACUACAACAGCUAAUUGUACUACUAAAACUAGUCCAUCUAAAACAUCAACAAAUAUAACGCAACAAGUACAAGCUCAGCAAUCACAAGCUCAAUCUCAACAAGCAAUUCAACGUUCAUCAGGAACUGCCUCAGGAACAGUAACUAUUGCUACUACACCAGCACAACCUACAAAAAAUGCUAUUGUAGUAGCUAAUACUGGACAAAUUGUACAAAGUGCACAAGUAAUAUCAACUGGUGGUCAAGUCAUUAGUGGAAAUCAAAUAGUGGUUACUAAUGCUAAUUUAGCUCAACAGCUUGCAAGCGGCAAAGCUCAAUUAACAACAAUUGGUGGUCAUCAAGUAGUUAUUCGUAGUACUCCAACAGGCAAUCAAAUUGUUCAUUUGAAUUCGACAAAUAGUGGUAUUAUUGUAAAAAAUACUGUCACACCAACAAAACAAGUUCCUGUAUUGCAAUCUACUCAAUCAGCAACAACAAUAGGAGCACAAUUAACUGAUACAACAAACAAUAAUAUUAAUAAUAAUACAUCGACGAAUGUGACAUCGACUACUAUCACAACUGCAACAAAUCAAACAUCCAAUACUCCAGCACCUGGAAGUGUAGAAGCAUCUUUAUUAGCUGGUCAACCACCUGGAACUGUUAUUAAAUGUGUUACUGCUCAAGUUAUACAAACUACUCAAGGUCCUCGUAUAGUAUUACAAGGUUUACAAGGUGCAGAUUUUACUCCUCAACAACUUAUAAUGGUACAACAACAAGUUAAACAACAAUUACUUAAAGCUCAAGCUACAACAGGCAAACAAGGAGUAUUAGGACCUACCAAAAUUUAUUUAGCUGUUCAACCUGCACCUAACAGCCAACAAUCAAUUCAGAGUUCUCAAAGUUCUACAACAGCAAAUACUCCCGCUACACCGGCAACAAAACCUCAAAUUGCACAACAACCAGUUGUUUCUCCACCAGCAGCAACUGAACCUCAAACAGGAAAUGAAAGCAUUCCAGAACUUCCAUCAACAGCAACAUCAAGUUCUCCUGAAAAACCAAAAGUAGUUGUUCAGCAAGUUGCUCAACCUAAUGUGACUACAGAAGAGGAAUCACAAAAAACAAAUGUAGCUAAUGGUCAGCAACCUUUGCAAUCUUUAAAAGAAGGAAACGAUUCUUCGGCUAAUAAAUUUAUUUUAACACCUGAUUACAUACAACAAACUAUUAAGAAUGCAUUGAAACAAGAAAAUCUUAAUCCGGAAAUAGAAGAAAAAUUAUUGCAAUUGCAACGAUAUCAAGAGAAACAAAUGAAAGGUGGUGUUGAAAAUUCAGCAACUAAUAAUCAAACUCAUACUACACCUACAAUUACAACUCCGCGUAUGCCAUCUCGUAAAAGACCGGCACCCUCUAACAUUCCAACAACAACCUCAUCUACAAAUAUACAAUCAACAACAAACGAUAAAGAUACUGAUUGGUCAGAAACACCCAGAAAAAAGCCUACAUUAAAACAAGAAAGUCGUGAAAUUCCAAAAGUACAAAAAAUUGAACCAAUAGAGAAUGAAUCAACUCCACAAAAACGAGCAGCAAAGCCAAAAGACAGUCAAGAACAACGGAGGAAACAACAAGUUCAUUCUCGAAUGCAAGUCUUAUUAUUUAGACAUAAAGAACUACUUAAAAAAGAUAUUAAAAAAAGAGCAUUACUUGAAAAAGAAUUACAAAUAGAUAUUCAGAAAGAUUUAUCGGCGGAAUUAGCUUCGAGAACAAAAGCAGAAAGACACAAACAAGAUGAAGUAAAAGUAGGAAGUGCAAAACGUAAAGCAAAUGCUCAAAUGGCUCAACAAGUUAGUCCUCCUAAUAGAGGUGGAAGGCCAAAGAAAUAUAAGGCUCAAGGAAAUAAUACUACACCACCAGGAGCUUCAACAGCACCUACUACGAAUAGAAUCAAAAAAGAAAAAUUAUAUUGUUUAUGUAGAACACCAUAUGAUGAAACAAAAUUUUAUGUGGGAUGCGAUCUCUGUAACAAUUGGUUUCAUGGAGAUUGCGUUGGAAUCACAGAAGAAAUGUGUAAAACUCUUUCAGAGUUCGUUUGUACAGAAUGUAGACAUGCAAGAGAUACACAAGAGCUAUAUUGUCUAUGUAAACAGCCUUAUGAUGAAUCUCAAUUUUAUAUUUGCUGCGAUAAAUGUCAAGAUUGGUUCCAUGGUCGAUGCGUGGGUAUUUUACAGUCUGAAGCAGACAAUAUUGAUGAAUAUGUUUGUCCAAAUUGUCAACGAAAUUCUUCUGUUAACUUUGCUAAUAUGAAAAAUCUUAACGCAAAAGAUCUUGAUCUUCUUAAGAAAUUAAUUAAACAAAUACAGGCACACAAAAGUGCUUGGCCGUUUAUGGAACCAGUAGAUCCAAAUGAAGCACCAGACUACUAUAAAGUUAUAAAGGAACCGAUGGAUUUACAAACAAUAGAAUUGAGGAUAAAUGAUAGAUCUUACAAGAAAUUAAGUGAAUUUAUUGGCGACAUGACAAAAAUAUUUGACAAUUGUCGUUAUUAUAAUCCGAAAGAAUCACCUUUCUUUAAGUGUGCAGAAUCCUUAGAGACUUAUUUUGUUCACAAGAUUAAAAGUUUAAGAGAGAAGUUUUCUGAAGGAAAGUAAGCAAUCAAAAAAAGAAAAAAAAAUAAGAAAACUGUAACUAUAAACGAGUGGAAGUGCUAAGCAUCAAUGGUUAAUUUGUGCAACAACAGAAAUGAUCUGUGCCAGUAGAAAAGAGACAUUCAAAUUAGCCAUAAGUAUGUAAGAGUAGGACAUAUAUAAGUUCACUAUUUAUUAGAAUUGUGUGAACAAUUGAUUUGCCUUCGUAAAAGCGAAUUUUAUUUGAAUAAUGCCGUAAAGAAUUUUGAACCAGAACUUAUAAUUUAGCCUUAGAAUACAUAUAAACUCUAAUAAA